UCUUAAUUUGGCCUAAAGUAAAUCCAUUCGUUACCCAUAAUCUAAUUUUUUUUUGUUAAUACGAAACAUGGUUAACUUCUCUUAAAUCAAAUCUGGAUCUUUUAGUCUUGUCAAAAUCUUGCUAUUGAAUCUUCGAGCCAUGUCGGAUCUUGCUAAAGACGCAUGGCGAAAGUAUCUGAUUCAGCUUCAAGCUCAUCCUUUACGAACCAAGGCGAUCACUGCAGGGGUUUUAGCUGGAUGUAGUGAUGCUAUAGCUCAGAAGAUCUCUGGAGUUAAACGGAUUCAGUUCCGGAGAUUGCUUCUCCUUAUGUUGUAUGGCUUUGCUUAUGGAGGACCAUUUGGUCACUUUUUCCACAAAUUGAUGGAUACCAUUUUCAAAGGGAAGAAGGGUAAUUCAACUGUUGCCAAAAAGGUUUUGUUGGAGCAACUUACAUCAUCUCCUUGGAACAAUUUUCUUUUCAUGUCUUACUAUGGUUUAGUAGUUGAAGGAAGGCCAUGGAAGCUAGUGAAGCACAAACUUGGAAAAGAUUACCCUACUAUCCAGUUAACCGCAUGGAAGUUCUGGCCUAUCGUGGGAUGGGUUAAUUAUCAGUAUGUGCCUCUCCAAUUCCGUGUUUUGUUCAGCAGCUUCGUCGCCUCUUGCUGGAGCAUAUUUCUGAACUUGAAAGCGCGAUCUCCGGUGAUCAAAAACGCGUAGAGAACUCUAUAUGGAGGAAACAAGAAUGGAUCUCUUUUGUUUUUCUUGAAAUGUACAAAAGUUUCAAGAAUUGAAUCUCAAGUAAAAUCUGAGAGAUGUGAUGAUUAUUGAAUAGAUCAAACUCUGUAACUGUUUUGUUGUUUCACAGAAACAUUGCAGUCUCUCACAAUUACGAACACUUUAGCAAAAAUGUUUGCUGUAAAAAUAGUUAGAUAAAUACAUAAUUUUCUCUAAAAUUUAGA